AUAUUCCAACUAGCUAUCUGAUAUUAUUUUAUGUUAAAAACACCCAUUUCUACACUAGCGCCAUUGUAAACAAUGGACCUUCAACUAAUGAAAACGAAUUGAUUUUACGUCAUUUUUCGAGCGCUUGUCACGGCGCAACAUUUAAACAAGAACCACUGAAAAAUUGAAAUAGCACCAGAAAUAAUUAACAAAAUGUACCAAUACAGUUUAUACUAAACAGAAAAAUAAUAUUAUACAAAUACACAAUCGAGCUUAUAACAUCAAACAUAGCAAUAAAGGGCACCAAACCUAGUCACAAUGUCCAAGCAAAUAGACCUAUCCGGGUCCCGAUAUGACCAGAACACAUAUAUCGGCCGCGCGAAGCAUUUCUUCAUGCUCACGAACCCGCUCAACGUUUUUGCCACGCCCGCACAGUUAGACGAAGCCAAAAAAAUCGUUUCAGAUUUUAAAAAAUCAAGGAGGAUGCCGCCAGGAAUGACCGAAGACAAGCUUUGGUCGAUGAAGUACUUGGUCGACAGCGCAUAUCAUCCCGACACGGGCGAGAAAAUGUUCGUGCUAGGCCGGAUGGCCGCCCAGGCGCCUAUGAAUACACUCAUCACUGGUUGCAUGAUCACAUUCUACAAGACAAACGCGGCAACCAUGUUUUGGCAGUGGGUCAAUCAGACGUUCAACGCUCUCGUCAAUUACACCAACCGCUCAGGCACCGCGCCCAUCUCCAAAUCACAACUCUUGGCAUCAUACUGCGCUGCUUGCGGUGGUGCCAUGGGUACUGCGUACUUCCUCAAUGCCAAAGCCAAGCAAAUGAAGAACCCCGUGUUCGCGGCGCUGGUGCCGUUCGCCGCAGUGUGCGGUGCUAAUUUCAUCAACAUCCCCAUGAUGAGGAGUAGUGAGUUGAUAGACGGCACACCAAUUUUCACCGCGGAGGGGUAUCCGGUGGGCAACUCCACACGCGCGGCGCAGUACGGCAUCGGUCUCGUGUGCAUAUCCCGAGUCAUCAUGGCACUUCCUGGCAUGACCCUAACGCCGCUCCUGACAAAUUACGCGCGCUCCAAGGGGCUCUUCUGCCGCUACCCGCGCGGCGUGCUGCCCUUCCAGAUGGGGCUGGUGGGGCUCUGUGUCGUGUUCGCGACCCCACUGUGCUGCGCGCUCUUCAAGCAGAGGGCGUCCAUCUCCGUGGACAGUCUGGAGCCGGAAGUGCAGAAAAUUGCGAAGGCGAAAUUCCCAAAAGCAAAAGAAGUGUUUUUCAACAAGGGACUCUAAAGCUUAUUCAUAAGAAUAGCUACGCUGAAGUAAAUUAUUCCAGUAGUUUGAUUAUUUUCCAAAAACAGCAUUCCUAUCGUGACGUAAUAUUUUUUUAAGUUUAUUAUUUUUUAAUUUAUAACUAUAUUGUUUGUUACAGCCGUUUUUUUACGGUUUAUAAUUUUGUUAUUGCUAUUUUUAUAGUUGUUUUUAUAAUUAUAGGCAAUAUUUUAUCUCGAGCAUAGGAAAUAAUUAUGGCAAUAAUAUUGUUUAUAAAUUGCAAGUGAUAAUCGAGGAAAAGUACUUUUAUUUGUUACCUCGUUAUAUUUAGAUAGCUCAAUUUUUGUUGGUUGUGAUAUCAUUUUGAUUUCAGUGUCAAAAAUCGGGAUGUAUCUCACUCAGAUUGAUUCAAUCUGAUCCCAUAUUUUUUUGCAUUUAUGACCUUGGAAUAAAUUCCUCGGUCGAUCUUUAUUACAUUCCAUAAAUUAGGCUCUAAGUUUCUUAGAAUUUAUUAUCCCGAUUUUGUGGCAAUACGAAUUACACUAACUGAAAUAAAAGAAUCGGCUAAUGGUCAACACAAGAGGCAUAUUGCAAAGGAAACCAAUUUUUAAUUAGAAUUUUUAGAAACUGUAAAACAAUGAAAACGUUUCAUUUUGUAAGGAAAUCCCCUAACAGGCGGACCCGUUUUAAUGGCUCUCAAGUGUAGUAAUCACACAGGGGUUUGGUGGACGCUUGGUAGUCACAAAAAAUAUACGCGAGUUUUUUGAGCUUAUUAUAUGUGUAUUUUAAUUCAAUUCAAUCAAGAAAUCAAAUUUAUGAAAAUACACGAAAUAAUUUAGUUCAAACUUUUACUUGCAUAUUUAAUUAAUAAUUUGAAUUUGACAGACAACCUUGUUGUAAAACAGCGGGAUUGCUUCAAAUAUCACUGCCAUCGCGAACUAUUGUUUAAGACUCGUCAAUUGAUAGUUAGGCGCCAUGGCACACUGCGUCUGAACCACACGUCGACGUGCGAACGGGAUGUCGCUAUAAUACGCGCAUAGCGUUGUCUCGCUCAAACUUCGAGGCGAGGUGCGAAUUGGAUGCAGUGAUGCAGUUUGCCAUGCGUCUUAUAAGUUAUAAUCUCAGACAAUAAUGGAAUGGAAAAGGACGAAGUGUCCUACUCGAUGUUGACAUUUGAACCUAAAUUUAUUGGAGAUAGAAAUAAAUAUUGACAGUUGGC